CUCCUCACACCCCAUCUUCAUGCUCUUCUCUGCUUCCCCCACAUAGUUCAGCAGGCAUAGAGUCAAGGAAGUCAACUGACUGAGAUAAGAAAACUGAGGUUGCUCCCAGUGCUGCUCAGCCCCACUGGACAAUGUGGCCUCAGAGCACCUUCUUCAUGGCUUUGCCCCACGUGGGGCCCAUUGUGGGCUGGUUGUUUGCUCGACAGCACAUGCCCACCUGGUAUGACACCCUGAAAAAGCCACCCUGGUGGCCACCCAACAAGCUUUUCCUAACCAUAUGGACUGUCAUCUACUCCACCAUGGGAUAUGCCUCCUAUCUGGUGUGGAAGGAUCUGGGUGGGGGCUUCAGUCUUCCUCUGGCCCUGCCCCUUGGACUCUAUGCUACUCAGCUCAUCCUCAACUGGAUCAUACUGUUCCUCUUCUUCGGAACCCACAACCUUAGUCUGGUCCUAUGCCACCUAUUCCUGCUCUAUGGACUGGUAUUGGGCAUGGCCUUGAGCUGGCACUCCAUCAAUGGCCUAGCUGUCCUGCUCCUGCUGCCCUACCUGGCCUGGCUUACACUGACAACUUCAUUGGCCUAUCAUCUAUGGAUGGACAACUCCAGUUCAGAACCACAGCUAUCUUCACAACCCCAGCUUCAAUCCACCGGAGAGAAGAUAGACUGAGAUAAGGAAAAUUUGAGGAGGGAAAAAAGGGGAGAAAUGUCAAGGGUUGGGACUGAGAAAGCUAAGGGAAGGGACUGAGGAAUGAGGGAGGGAAAAGGGGGGAGGGACAAGGAAUCCCCAAACAUAGUCUCUGAUCAAUAUUCCCAUACCCUUCCUAAUAAACAACGCUGAUCUUGGACCUCCUCUCUAAUUCCAAGCUACCCCAUUCCUACUUUAUCAUCAUUUGCUUAUUAAAAUGAAGAGGAUUUUGUUUAAAAGAAGCUUAUUUUAUAGUUAAAAUAAAAAUUUUAUUGGU